UGCGGUACAUUUUCGGACACCUCAUCAGUUGUUUGUUUUGUCAGUUUACGCCUCAUUAGUAAGCCAGUGAAGCGAAACGAAUGUUAAUUAAUUCACACAGCUGUGCUCCUACACAUUGUUAAAUAAUUCCAGUAAUUGUUGUCACCUCUUUAUCAACAAGACAUUUUAAACUUGAAAAUACAUCUACAUUGUAGUAAACCAUGUUACUUUCCUGUUUAAUGCUGAGUCUUCUUGUCGAUGUGACCAUCGCGCAGGUUUAUGCACCAGGUGUUCCUCCUCCACAACAGCAACAACAUCAUCAGCAACAACAACAUCAACAACAGCAACAUCAGCAACAUCAUCAGCAACAACAUCAACAACAACACCACCAACAACAGCAGCAGCACAUUCCUGUACAACAACAGCAGCACAUUCCUGUACAACAGCAGCAGCAGCAACAGGUCCCAGUGCAACAACAACAGCAACAACAGGGCAAUGUGCAGCAGAUGCAGCAGGCCCCCGGAGGUCAAGGUCAUGGUCAUGGUCAUGGUCAUGGUGCUCCCGGAGAACCAGUGAAUUUCAAGUCAGAAGUUCACAACAGAGAACACAUACAGGAACAUUUAGAGAACGUGAUCGACAAACCCAAGGAACAGAUGACUGACGAGGAGCUGGAGUUUCACUAUUUUAAGAUGCAUGACUAUGACAACAACAACAAACUGGAUGGGGUGGAGAUCGGCAAGGCACUCACCCACUAUCAUGGAGAAAAAUCUCACUCCGAGGAAGAUGAGGUGACCGAGUCUCUAAAGGAUAACCUAGCAAAGAUAUCUGACGAGGAGAUCGCGCGCAUGGUGGACCUGGUUCUCGAGGAGGACGACAUCAACCAGGACGGCUAUGUGGAGUAUGCCGAGUUCAUCACGGCGCAGAGACGCGCACAGCACAAGUUGGAGGAAACAGUGGUUACACAGGCCAGUGAUGUGCCACUAACGGAACAAGAACAACAAGUACCUGAUGUGCCACCAACAGAACAACAAGUACCAUGAAAACAGAAAUUCAGUGACAGUUUACAGUAAUCAAAAGUGAAUGAAUGUUUAUCUCUGAAAGCUGCUGAUUCAAGAACUCUCUGACAUUCCUUAUUUUCUGCUGUUGUGAUAACAUACAUGUGUAAUUACGAACCAAGGACAACAAAGAAUAUACAAACUGCAUUAAAUGUUUAGAUCAACAGAAUUAUAUCACAUGAUUAGUUGGUGAUCUCUUUUAAUCAUGUAUUUGUGUCAAAUAUACCAAGAUAUAUUUUAAGCUUUUAAAGCAUUAUCUUUUAAAAAAUGGUCAUGAAUAAAAUUUUACAUCCAUUUUAAAUUACAAAUUUAAUCAGGUUUCUUUUAAUUUAUAUGGAUGUGAAACUUAUUUGUUCAGUUUUAAUUUUAAAUUUUAAAAAUGUCUUGACCAUGUUCUAAAUUUUAAUCACAAAUGUUUCAAAGAUUAAUUUUAGAUUAAUAUAUUUUUAAGUCUAAAUAUAAACUUUAGAAAAUUAUUAUAUUAAUACAUGCAUUAUAAAUGAAUUCUUGGUAGUUUGUGGCAGGGCAAACAUAUUCAAAUAUCCGAAAUAUACGGUACUAUAAUCUGAUAUCCAAAUACCAACUUUAUUCAAUUUCAUAUGCAUGUACAGUAUUAUUAAAUAACAUUAUAAAUAACCUAUUAUGUUUUAGAUACAAGUUUUGAAACUUUGAUAAAACAUAUUGAAUACUAAUUGGAACAAAAACUGUACAGAAUAAUAAUAUCUAUAUUUUAUACAUAUUGUGUUUGUUAAUUCAAUGGUGUUUGUUAAUGUACUGGGUAAUGGCAGUAGUUUACCAGAUAGGAAAUCCAGCACUAAAAAUCCAGAACUACUAAUAACCAGAAAAAAUACACAUGUAACUGUUUUGGGUAAUAGGUGUGUUGUGUGCAUUAUAAUUUAAUAAUAAAAUAGUUUAUGUGAGAUUUUUACUUUUAGAAGUGUGAAUAUAUAUAUAUUUUUUCAAAUUUGAGUAAAUAUCAAAAUUACUAUCAAAUAUAAUAUAUUAAAAACAUGAAUUCGAAAAACAUAAUGGGCUGAAUUUAAGAAGCCUGUUUUCCGUAAACACAGAUGUUUUAGCAUUAUGAAUACAUGUAAUUACAUGUAAUUUGGCCCAAAUGUUUACAAUAUCACAUUACAGUUUUGAUUUGACAAAAAAUGUAUCAACUUUAAAUUUUUCUUGAUUCAACAAAUUGAUAGGAUAAAUGAACUAAAAUGUCUUUAAGCAUGUAUAUUGCCAAGUUAGCUCUUUUUUGGAAAAUGUAUUAUGUAAUAGAUUAGACAAAUUGAACUUUCAUUCAGAUUUGACAGUUUAGCAAACAGUUUCUUAAUUCCUGCAGUUUAUUUAUUAUUUAGUUUGUACAGUGUCUUAAUAAUUCUCCACAGUGGAAAAUAAUCAAAAUAUUCCCAGUUUAGCCCUUUUCCUCUGUCUACUUUGGUAUCUAUCUUUUUCCUUCUAUUUUGACAGCAUCUUCUGUCGUUCACCUGUUUACCGUCCAACUUAACAUUCCGGCCCUUGUCUCUACAAUCAUUAUGGUUCGUGCUAUGUAUCUGCCAUUUUCCAUCAGCUUUUGCUAUGGGCUGACAAAAUUAUGUUAUAUUUUAUUCAUGUUAUUGUAUGAUUAUUAAUUUUUCAACUUUAUUUAUGUACACUGUAACAUAUAUUGUAAUUAGUGAAAGCAUAUUUGUGUUACAUUUGUUUAUUGUAUAGCUAUGCAUAAUUAAUUCUGAUUAAUUUGUAUUUUAACUAGUUAUUUACUAUUAUUCUUAAACAUAAAAAGGUCAGUUAAUGAGGUAGUAAUUUUGUUGCUUAGAUAAAACUUUGUCCUUGGUAUGUGCACAAUUUAUGAUGAAAAUGGUUAACAAAUGUCCAUAUUUUUAUUGUCUCGCUUUUUAAGCUGACGUCAAAAAGUGAAACAUAGAAUUGACUUUUUCAACUCCAACAUUAAGAUUUUGCAUUUAGGUCCAUUUCUCACAGACAGUAAGUUCAAGAUCAAUGAAACUUGGUUAUAGUUACCUCCUUGUAGGUUCAUCUCUGAGUAUGAUUUAGAAAGUUAAAAUAUAAUUAAAUUAAAUUUUGUUUUUAAUUUUAAAAUUUAUUCUUAUUUUAAACUAUAUUAAUUCAGAAUAUUACAUCAUAAAUUAUUUCUCUAUUCAACAAAUCAGUUUAUUACUAGGCGAGACAUUUAAUUUCAUGGAAUUCUUGUUAUCUGUGAUAACAGCUAUUGUAUUAAUAAUUUUGAUUAAUUAUGCAUAAUUAUUGCAUAAUUCUGAUUCUACAUACACGAGAUAUGACUGUUUUAUGCAUAAUGCAUUAAGAUUAAUAUUGUAGCAGGUAGAUAAUAAAUCUUUUCAGUAACAUGCCUAGUGAAAUGGAGAAGAUCUGAAAACUAGAAUGAUUAUAUAUAAUUAUAUAUGAAACAGAUUAUCAAAUUACAAAUGGGUUUUUUCUCUCUGUUUCUUAGCAAUUUGAUGAAGAGCAAAGAAAAAUAUUUUUGUUUCCAUGUUUGAGUUUUAUUAAAUAAAAAUGUUUUACUCUGUGGUAGAAUGCAAUGUAGGGAUGCUUUCUUUUAAUGUUCUGUCACGACUUUAAUUUAAAACAUUUAAUCAAUAUUAGUCAUAAAUGUGGUUAUGUUAAAUUCCUUGUACUUUAGGUUUUAUGUAGUAGAAACAGAUCAAAAAAAUUAUUUUUAUAUUUCGAUGGGAUUUUUAAGUUAAACUGUUUAAUUUUAUGUAGUUAAAUUACUUUUUUAUGACUUAAGUGACAAAAUAUACAGAUGAAAGGUUUUAUUUGUACUUUUAUAAGUGAUUUUAAUUUAAAACACAUGAUGUAAAACUAAAUGCUAUUGUUAUUUUUAAUUCAUCUCCCUAUAUUUAAAUUACAUACUGCUUUGUCCCAGGAAAUUUAAUUUACAUAUCAUAUGUCUGUGCAGGUUUACCAGGUUACAUUCCGUAACAUUAUUAAUGAAUGGUUUGUGUUACUAAUAGUACUGUACAAAAAUGAAACAUUGCAGAAAGUAUGUAUACACACAUACACCAUAAUGUUUUUAAAACAAAUAUUUAACAUUUGUCUUUGUUAUUGUGUUAAAUUUGUGUUUGUGAUUUACUUUAUUUACUUUAUUUAAUAGCAUAAAGUAAUCUAGUCUUGUGGAUUUAAUUUUUAAAUUUAAUUUUCAUGGUAGCAUUUGGUGCAACAUUGCCUUAUUUGUUUUGUAUGAAAUGUAAUGAACAAUACUGAAAAUAAAAAAAUAUUUGUAUAAACUGAACAAAAAUUGUUAUGAUUAGGGAAUUAGUUAAAAGCACUGACCCUACUUCACUUUGCAUUUUGAGCUAAUACAAUUACCAAGACAACCGAAAAAAAAAAUAAUAACAGUGGAGUUGCCAAUAUGUAUAAGUUACUCACCCUUAAAAUAAUGUGAGCAGUAUCUCUGUAAAAUACUAUUUUGGUGCUAUUACUGGUACUCUCUAUAAAAUGGCAGUCCAUUUACAGACGGAGUGGGAACCAUGUAUCAUGGUCAUGUAUCGUUUGAAAUCAGUCAUUCAGAUAUAUAUUGAAUAUGCUAAUGUCAUAUUUGUAAUCAUCAUGUAUGUUACGGCUUAUAUUACAAAUUGAUAAUUUAUUUUGUUUUGACACAAAUUAUAUUCAGUUUUCUUAGAAAAACUGACAUUUGUUAUGAGGGUGAAAUACAUAUAAGUUGUAAUUAAUGUGUAAAUUUUAAAACAGUACAAACAUGAAUAGCUAAAACUGAAGACAGUGCCUUUAAUAUAUUUUCAUUAUUAGUGUUUAUUAUUAGUGAUUUCAAGACCUGGGGCCCGUUUUACGAAGCGAACUUAGUGCUAAGGUCACCUUAGGUGUAUAACUAAUAAAUGCAGUUAAGGUGAUCUUAGCUUUAAGAUAGCUUCAUAAAACGGGGCCCUAAUUGUUGUUAUGUGCUGCACUAUUGAUUUUGUGUUAAAAUAUUACUUAUAUUAUUUACAUUUAUUUGUGCAAUGUUUUUAUUACAGUUCAAAAACCAAGAAUUGGGCUAUUCAAACACAUUGGUGCAUUUUUGGGGUUAAGGUGGCGAACAAAAACUCAGAUACCUCAGCAUUUGUUUUCAAUAUGUUGUCUCUUCUCUCUCUGUGUAUGCGUGCGUGCAUAGGUGUGCGUGCACGUGCGUGCAUAGGUGUGCGUGCACGUGCGUGCAUGCAUGUGUGUGUGUACAUUAUUUUUUUUUAUUAAAUGGACAUUCCCGAGUUUGCUGCAUUGUAAGAGUGCAUUGCAUCACUGGAUUUUGUUGGAUUCACUUCAUUCUAUAAAUUAAUGAUUUUCAUGGCAUUAAGAAAUACAAAUUAUAUUUCCUGAUAUCAAGAAAUUGACACAAAUCGAAGUCUUUGAAUCAAAAACUCUUCAGGGUUUGUUUUUAAAUGUAAAAACAAGUCUAAAUUUUAAAACUACUGCUUGACUAGAAAAACGGAACCAGAAACCUUUUAUUUGUUUUUAAAAUUGCAUUAUGUAUGGUUAUUUUUAAAAUGCUAAGUACAAUUAAAAUGGAACAAGACUUCACCUUUAUGUGUUAUUGGUAUGCGAAAAACUCAACAGAAUAAACAUUUUGUUCAAA